AUGAGCGGUAAUCCCACUGACGGCCAGAAAGCAGCACCGGAGAAAGAUCUGGGCGUUGUUCUGAUCGAAGAGGCACGCAGCCUUUCGGAUGGAUCUCAGACCCCUUCAUACGGUGGAGAUAGGGAGCUACCGCCUCCACCACCGCUCAGUACUGAGGAGCAGAGGCGACUAUGGCGCAAGAUCGAUUGGCAUAUCAUGCCAAUCAUCACAAUCAUGUAUCUCUGCUCGUUCGUCGACAGAAGCAAUAUCGGGAACGCAAAGCUGCAAGGUCUCGUUACCCAGCUGGACUUGACCGGAAACAGGUAUAACAUUGCACUGACAAUGUACUUCAUAUCUCUCCAGCUCUCACUUUUCGUGAAUAGCAUUGUCCUUAAGAAGUUCCGUCCUUCACGAUGGCUCCCCGGUAUAACAGUACUUUGGGGUAUCACAACCUCUCUCAUGGGUAUAGUGAAGAACUAUCCGCAGCUCGUCGCAGUGCGCCUCUGUCUAGGCGUUGCGGAAGCCGGUUUCGCGCCAGGUGUAUUUAUUUACCUCUCAAUGUGGUAUCCUCGGCAUAUGCUCCAAACGCGGCUCGGCCUCUUCUGGGGUGGAGCGACGUUGGCAGGAGCGUUCUCAGGCUUGUUCGCAUUCGUCAUAUCGUUCAUGUCCGGCACUGCGGGGCUUCUCGGAUGGUCAUGGAUUUUUAUCAUUGAGGGUAUCAUCACGGUCGUUGUCGGCGUCAUCGCGUUCUUUGUCCUGGUCGACUUUCCGAACACGGCGCGUUUCCUCACCCCAGAAGAGCGCACGUACGUUAUUCAUCGCAAGAAAGUCGAUAACUCCUCUGUAGGGGAGGACGAGCACUUCGCGCUGCGGCACGUGUGGGAAGCGUUCACCGACUGGCAGGUUUGGCUUAUCAGCUUGGUGAACAUGACCGUCCUCACGGCCGUGUACGGUAUCUCCCUCUUCCUUCCGUGCGUACGCUCGCCUAGAUUUGGCUUUAACGCAACCAUCUCGCAACUAAUGACUGUGCCUCCGUACGUUGUUGCGACCGCGACUGUGAUCAUCUGGUCGAUAUGGUCCGAUCGUAUCAAGAAGCGCUCUCCCUUCGUGCUAUGCGGACUGCUCCUCUGCCUAACAGGAUUUGCCAUCAACAUCUCCAACGCAAGCAUCGGUGUGAAGUACUUCGCCACAUUUCUCGUCGCUACCGGAGCGUAUGGCGCGUAUCCUGCGGAUACAUGCUGGCUCACGAAUAAUCUAGCGGGACAUUACAAGCGCGCCGUGGGUAUAGCCAUUCAAGUCAUCUUCGGAACUUCCGGCGGGGCAAUUGCGAGCAACAUCUUUCGUUCCCAGGAUGCGCCGCGGUACAUUUUAGGAAAUGGGCUCGAGAUGAUGUUCGUCAGCAUCGGGUUGAUACUUACACCCAUCAUUCUGUUUGUUUAUACUCGCGAAAACGCGCGGAAGGGAGCCAGGGUGCGAGAUAUGGAGGAGAGAGGCGAGAAGUAUGCACCUGAGGAACUGAGAAAGAUGGGGGACAGGGCACCGGAGUUCAAGUAUACCCUCUGA